UGUUUCGACAGGUUGUUAAAGCAACUAUACAGCGCGACGCGUUGUGACCAUUCCAUUGAGACUUAACAAUACCUGGGAUCAAUUGCUUUGUGGCCGAACGGCGUAUCCAUAGCAUGGCGGGACGAAGUUGGUCGGUAACCCUCAUAAUCAACAGGUUGUACCAUAGUGCCAUAUAUGAACGAAACAAUAGGAAUGUUUUGGGUUUUUGUUUUUAGUUCGUUUCUGGUCAUCGCAAAUGUUAAUGGAGUUUAUGGAAGAGAUUCCCGCAUUGUUGGCGGCGUUGACGCCACGUUGGGACGAUGGCCAUGGCAGGGAAGCAUAAGGUUUAUAUCAACGGGGACAAACUUUUGUGGAUGUUCAGUGAUUUCGAACCGAUGGUUGAUAUCGGCCGCUCAUUGCACAGAGGGAAUACGGUCUGCGUCAUCAAUUGAAGUUCGACUCGGCGUCACAAACUUGUUGGCUGGUGAAGCGACGGAUGUGACGUAUCGGUUGACGUCAUUCCACGACCAUCCAGAUUAUGUUUCAAGCACUUUCCUUAAUGACAUCACACUCCUACAAACUUCGCUCCCCAUUACCUUUAAUGCGAACGUACGCGCGGUGGCGCUACCAAGUCCAGGCAUGAUUGCCAUCGUAGGAUCGCCAUGUUGGAUUACCGGGUGGGGAACCACAGCAGAUUCCAGUUCUGUUAGCCCAAACAUCCUACAGCAAGCUGUGGUACCAAUAGUUAACGACAGCCAGUGUGUGGCAUGGUACAGACAAGAAGGCAUUAUGGUCUUCACAAACGAGCAAUUUUGCGCGGGGUACGAAGCCGGUAAUAUAGAUUCGUGCCAGGGCGACAGCGGGGGUCCACUGACCUGCAACGACACCGGUAUCUUUGUGUUACAAGGCAUUACGAGCUACGGGGUCGGUUGUGCUUUAUCUCGAAGACCCGGGGUUUAUACAAGAGUGUCAAACUACCUCACUUGGAUUAACGAAACUAUUGUUCUAUAUUCUAACUCCGUUGGACAGAAAUGUACUUCUAGUCUACGUGCAAUCUUGUUUUCUAGUUUCUUUUUCUUGAUAUUGCACAAGCUAACUACGUUUUAACCUAGAAAAUCUGUUAAACAAAGUUGCACUUAUCAGUUUUACAAGUUCCACAAUGUGAUUGGCAUAACGUACCUUUCUAAAUAACACUGUGGUCUAUAUGCAUAUACUACAGUUGCAUCGCCAAGCAUCGGGUGUAUUGCUACUUUUUAUUUGCAAACAUUACACCAACUUGUUCAAGUUCGCCAUUUUGUUUAUCCUGCAACCAGCACCGAUCGUCUAUGACGUAACAAUGGCGCUUUAAACGUAACAAACGCGUUUGUAAUAAUUUCCCGCGGAAUUUCAA